GCUGUCACGACUCAUGUAGCCCGAUUGUGGACCGGGAAAAAAUAUUCUUCUUGUUUUUAAACUGCCAGCUAAAAUACGCGGAAUGCAGCCAGGUCGAUUUUUACUGAGAAUAUAUUCUCAUAGUCUGACAAUAAAUCGGUGAACAGAAAUGAUGGUGCAGAAGGUGGAUGGCUCAUCAAGAACCCUUUAAUGUUUACUAAAGUGGAAUGUAUCAAAACUGGACACUGGCAUGGCAGGAGAUAGCCAUCAGGAUUUGGUCUGCAGCUUAAUGUUCCACACAAUGUGCAGAAUGGCAUCUUGUGAAGCCUUGGGAACUGAUCAGAUUCUGUUACUGCCUCACUGAAGAAGAGGAAUACUGACUAGAGAGACCAUCCAUAUCAGCUCAUUUAUGUAGACAAAUCUCUUGUGUGAUUUUUUUAUAUGCACAUGUGUGCAUAUAUAUGCUGGCUUUGUGGUUGUGUAUGCUUGUUUGGCAGUGUCAUUUCCUGCUGGUACUUAAGUCAUGCCUCGCAGACCGGAUGUCAGCAGCAGCUGUUGCUUCCCACUGCACUUGAAUGAGGACAAUGCUCGCUUUGGCCUGUUGGCGGUGUUCAUCCUCCUGUACCUGUUCUGUGGGGCACUGGUGUUUUCUGCCCUUGAGCGUCCAUCCGAAAUGCGGGCACACCAGCGCUGGGAGGAACAUCUGGUUAACUUCACCCGGCAGCACAAGCUGAGUGUGCAGAGCCUGAAGGAUUUGCUGAGGCACUAUGAGGAGGCCUUCAUCACGGGUAUCCGUGUGGAUGCUCUGAGACCUCGCUGGGACUUCUCUGGAGCAUUCUACUUUGUCGGUACUGUAGUUUCAACAAUAGGUUUUGGCAUGACCACACCUGUGACGAUAGGGGGAAAAGUAUUUUUAAUAUUCUAUGGACUCAUUGGUUGUGCCGCGACCAUUCUGUUUUUCAACCUCUUCCUGGAGCGCAUCAUCACCAUGUUGGCGUACAUCAUGCGCUGGUGUCAUGAGAGGCAACUGCGGCGUGCUGGCAUUGGAGGAGAGGAAGCUCACAGUGAGGAUGACAGUCUAGAAGGCUGGAAGCCCUCUGUCUACUAUGUGAUGCUCAUCCUUGGGGUUGCGGCGCUACUGAUUGCUUGCUGUGCCUCAGCACUGUACUCGUCUAUGGAAGACUGGGAUUACUUUGACUCACUUUAUUUCUGCUUUGUGGCCUUCAGCACCAUUGGCUUUGGAGACUUAGUGAGUAGUCAGAGGGAGAGCUACAAGGCACAGGAGGCCUACAGACUGGGGAACUGUCUUUUUAUCCUUAUGGGUGUCUGCUGCAUCUACUCACUUUUUAAUGUCAUUUCCAUCAUCAUAAAGCAGACCCUAAACUGGAUCCUGGCUAAGCUGGACUGCAGCAGGUUGCAGUGUCCCUGCCGAGGACACACUUACAGAAGGCAAGGCUCGGCAUGCUGCUGUUGCUGCCUCCCCAGCCAGCGGCGCAACCAGCACCCCAUGACCGGAAACCCCCGGCAAAGGGCACAGAAGCGUAAUGCUGUACACCCAGCUCCUGCCAAUGAGUCUGCGCGUAAGCAACGCUUCACUAAUGCAUCAGUGGAAACAGUGUGUGAUAGUGAGACUGAUCCUGGCCUUGGCCCAGAUGGAGGUUAUCUCACAGGGCACAGACUCUCAGGAGAAAUGAUCUCUGUCAAUGACUUUAUGGCCAACAAGGUUUCUCUUGCCAUUCUGCAGAAGCAGCUCUCAGAGACCGCCCAUGGAAACCCAAGACAGAGCCAUGUUCGGCAGAACGGCUUUUCUGUAGGAGUGGGAGCCUUCGCCAUCAUGAAUAACCGCCUUCAAGAGACAAGCGUUGACAGAUAAUUUUGUGACAGCGGAUCAUAGCAUCUAUUCAUCGUCCGGUGCAUUUCUUGAAUGAGCAGAUUGAUUACAACGUUGCUCAAUGUUAGAGAAGUGGUUUAGUGUGGAAAUAGAAUUUAGUCCAUUUUAUUUAGCCAAUAUUAAGCCUAUUAAAUGUGUCUGAUGAAGCCCAGCUACUUAUAGUUUAUUAGCAUUUAACAUUACUUAUAAAAACUAAAUGAAAUAUAGUCAAUUUCCCAUCACAACAAUCAUCCAAUAUAUGUAUGGUAUUUAAAUUUUAGUUCUUUAGUCUUGCACUUUAGCUAGUCUAUGUAGCAAAUACAAAAAAGCUCACCUGAAAGCUUUUGUGUAAAUAUCCACAUCCAGUACCUAAUUGAAGGCACUUCCACUGAUGCACUUUAGGGUGUAGCUGAACAUGAGAGACUGAAAAUAUUCCAUGCCUUAGUUUGCCACCAAGUUUGUCACUUGUUUGGGCCCAGUCUCAUAAAGGUACCAGAAAUUCAAAUUGGAAUUGAACCAGAAACAUUAAUUAUAAUUGAUAACAAAAUAAAUAUAAAAAUAACAUUACAUACAUUUAAAGCAGUGACAUAAAGCAAUGAUCCUCAAAGUAACAGGGUCCAUGAAGCACAGUUAGGUGAUCUGUGACUUUUUUAAAAAUGUAGUUACUGUGGUGGAAAUCAAAAACCACCAUUAUCAAGGUUAUUAUAUUUAUUAUUUAUUUCUAAUAUUAGGUUAUUUCAGUGGUCAUGAAAAUUUAAUAUGUUUUAUUUAAUGCAAUUAUGGUUGUUAGUAAUGUCGA